GGGCCGCUGCAGGGGCGGGCGGAGCGCGGCUCCCGCACCGCACGCGGCGCGGGCUCGGCAGCCUCGGCCGGGCGGGCGCGCCGGCCCCGUGUCCAGCAUCAGGCAGGCUUCGGGGCUCGGGGUUUGGCCCUCGCUGAGGCCAGUGGCCCGACUAGGUGUCCGCCAGGGGGGGCCGCCCGCGAAGGCUCCCGCGAGCCGCUGGCCCUGGGAGUCAGUUCAUGUGCCCGGCUGAAGACGGCAGCAGCCACAAGCUCCAGGCGCCCCGGCCCCACGCUCUCUGAAUACCAAGCUGCAGGCAAGCUGCCCGGGGCUUUUUUUUUCUUUCUUUCUUUCUUUCUUUUUUGCUUUCUUGCUUUUUUUUUCUCUCUCCUCCCAUUCAGAGUGGACAAUCCACACCGAUUUGUUUUCAGGGGAGGGGAGAGGAGACAGGGCCUGGGGUCCCAAGUCGCACACAAGUCUUCGCUGCCAUGGGGGCUGUCAUGGGCACCUUCUCGUCCCUGCAGACUAAACAAAGGCGACCCUCUAAAGAAGAAAGUGAGGACCAAGAAAAUGGAAGUCCUACCCCAAAACUGGAGGUGCUGGCCCAGAUUCCAAACUUCCCAACCGAUCCCUCUGCUGGCUCAGUCAUUCCCUCUGACAAGAUCGAGGAUGAGCUAGAGAUGACCAUGGUUUGCCACCGACCUGAGGGACUGGAGCAGCUCGAGGCCCAGACGAACUUCACCAAGAGAGAACUGCAAGUCCUUUACCGGGGAUUCAAAAAUGAGUGCCCCAGCGGUGCAGUCAAUGAAGAAACGUUCAAGCAGAUCUACGCUCAGUUUUUCCCUCAUGGAGAUGCCAGCACAUACGCCCAUUACCUCUUCAAUGCCUUCGACACCACCCAGACAGGCUCUGUGAAGUUCGAGGACUUUGUGACUGCUCUGUCCAUUUUGCUGAGAGGGACAGUCCAUGAAAAACUAAGGUGGACGUUUAAUUUGUAUGACAUCAAUAAAGACGGCUACAUAAACAAAGAGGAGAUGAUGGACAUAGUCAAAGCCAUCUACGACAUGAUGGGGAAGUACACCUACCCUGUGCUCAAAGAGGACACUCCCAGGCAGCACGUGGACGUCUUCUUCCAGAAAAUGGAUAAAAAUAAAGAUGGCAUCGUAACUUUAGAUGAAUUUCUUGAAUCCUGUCAGGAGGAUGACAACAUCAUGAGAUCUCUACAGCUGUUCCAAAACGUUAUGUAACUAAGAACACUGGCCAUCCUGCUCUCAGAGACAAUGAACAAACAAACACCUUAAUGCCCUGAUCUGCCCUCGUUCUGAUUUUACACACCAACUCUUGGGACAGAAAUACCUUUUACACUUUGGAAGAAUUCUCUGCUGAAGAUUUUCUACAAAAUCUGGCAUCAAGUGGCUCAGUCUCUGAUUGCCAACUCUUCCUCCUUCCUCCUCUUGAGAGAGAUGAGCUGAAAUCUGAGUUUGUUUUGGGAGCAUGCCCAUCUCUUCAUGCUGCUGCCCCGUGGAAGGCCCCUCUGCUUGAGCUUAAACGAUAGUGCACAAUUUUAUGCUUACAUAUCCCCAACUCACUGCCUCCCAGUCAGGCAGACCCUGGUGAAUCUGGAAUCCAGAGGACCUGAGCCAAAUGUACACCAUCCUCUGAUGGCCUCCCAAGCCAAUGUGCCUGUUUCUCUUCCUCUGAUGGGAAGAAAGAGUGUUAUACAGUUAGAACAGUUAGAGUUUACCAUGCCAAGAUUGGGAGAGGCAGCACCUAACACUUGUAGAAUAGGACUGAAUUAUUAAGCAUGGUGUUAUCAGAUGACCCAAACUGCCCAUGUCAUUUGUUUCCAGAGGUAGGGACUAAUCAUUCUCCCACACUAUCAUCUGUGCUCAUAGAGCAAGUCUCUUAACAUGCCCAGGAGGGGAACCAUUGCCCAGUGGUCUAUCCCUCCUCUCCAUCCCCUGCUCAAGUUGAACACUGCAUGCCCCUCCCAGAAGGUCCAGAAUGCCUGCAAAAUGCUGUACUUUUAUACCCUGUUCUAAUCAAUAAACACAACUAUUUCGUACACUCUCAA